AUGGAUCCACGGAGCGGCGCACGGCGCGUCGGCCUGGGCAGCCCACGACUUGAGUUAGGCAUUGUCACUCCCUCCUCUUCUCCUUCUGCACCACCACGGAGGCGUGCGCAUUACCACCUUUACAGACCGAAGGACACGCUGGCUCUCACCAUACCUUUCACGUCGAUCUCUCUGUCCCUAUCCCUCAACAACGCGUUUUCUGAUCGACCGCGUGCACCCCAGCCCUUCCCGGAACUCUCAACAGGGAUGCUAUCUCCAAGACCACCAGCGAUCGCUUUCUUCUCCCCUCGCGGGAGCCGACAUUACCCACGCUCGUACCACUCCCGCUCCCGCUCGCACUCGAGCACACGUACACGCAUCCCCGCAUUCUAUCUCCAAACUUAUUACGCACUCCUCUCCUUCUGGCGACGCACACGGCUCGCGCGAACGCUCCUCAUCAGCGCUGGUAUACUCCUCCUCUUCUUCCGCAUUCUUACCACUCCCCCUUCACCUCCAAAGAGCCAUUAUCAGCCCUCGCGCAUCCCCGUUCUCCCGAUACCUCUCGAUGCCAACCCGAGUGGGCUAGGCGCACGCGGUCCCCUCGAACCUCACACGUACCUGCCAAGCGGACUCGUGGUUGUCAAUCCCCAAGGCCGGCACCCCAUCUAUGAGCUUAUCGAACGCGCACAGAGGGAAUGGGAGGAGAAGACCUCAAGGGCAAGCAAGACGCUAGCCCAGGCAGCGAAGGAGUACCAGCGGAGAUAUGGUAGGUGGCCUCCGAGGGGUUUCGACAAGUGGUGGGCAUACGUCGAGCGUCAUAAUGUUCAGCUUCCGGACGAGUACGACCAGAUCCUUGCCGAUCUCGCACCGUACUACGCGUACUCUCCGCGCGAGCUCCGCCAGCUUCUCUCUAUUUCCCCCCAGUCUGCCUCAGACAACAACAGCACGUUCACACUCUCCUCUUCACGUCUCCAUUCGACGCUCCAGAUUGCGCGCGCACCUUCGCCGCUUGCCAAAGAACAGGCCGAGUCUGCGCUAGAUCUUCUGACGGGAGAUGGGGAGAGCUGGAUGCCCGAUCCAGGGUAUGUGGACAAGGAAGAGUGGGAGGCUAGUAUGCAGGGUAUCGGUGUGGGGAGCGUAGAGGUUGACCUCAUGGGAGAUGCGGGAAGCUGGGAAGCCGUCUUCACAGCGCAGAGAGAGCCUAAGGUGGUUGUGAGUCAGGAAUGGGAGGAGGAGAGGAGGAAGGCGAUCAAAAGCGAACGAUUCAUGCGUUUGACGGGCCGCUAUGCGACAUCUUUCUCUACCGAUACGUCCUGGCCUGAGGCUUGCCCUGCCACCGCAGAGCUACAUACCGGAAAUCCUGAGAAUCAACCCAAGCCCAAAUCAUUCGUCUACUCCCCACUGCUCGCCUCUUCCCCCUGUUCCAACCCUUCACUUAUUGCUCACUCUCCCUUCCUUAACCGUACCGCCCACGCCAACAUGUCCCAGAACGACCCACACACGCCCCUCUUCAGCACCUGCAAGGCCUCCCAGGUACACGGAGAUAUCCUGGUACCUGACGGCAGCCACUGGGUGUAUUCUGCGCCGAAGGACGUGCCCUGGAAACGGAAAAAAGAAUCACGCCUGAUCUGGCGUGGCCGGCCGUCAGGAGAAGUCCUCGCCUCUGUUGCCUCCAAGUCCAAAUCCUCUAAAGGGCAUAAUCACAAGAUCAAGCGCGCCGCUACCCUCGAUCCGUCAUCUCUCCGCACUGGGCUUGCGGCUGCACCCCCGGUACCGAAGAAGGAUCAGGUGCUCCUCCCCUCUCACCCGAGCGAGGUGGUCGGCGAGCCUGUGAAGAGACUCUCGAGCUGGCUUGAGCGGGAGAUGGUAGAUGGGCCGUUUCCCGGUUGGGAGGUCCAGAAGCUUGAAGUACCUACGGUGGUGGAGGAGACGAAGAAGGGAAAGAAGGACGAUUGGAGAGUGCUCGCUAAAGUCGUCCAUGGCAAGGUCGUGUAUGUUAACGAGACGGAGGCACUCGCUAUACAAGCGAACACGACUAGCGACCAGAACAUGACAAGCACUAAAAAGCCGCCCGCGUACAACACCACUGCGCUGGAGAUCCCCACUGAAUGGGCGCUGCUGGAACGCAAUAACCAGUAUAAGUAUAUGCUUGAUAUCGACGAUCAAUCCUGCUCUCCGUCUUUCCGUCACCUCCUAGCCACAGGCGCCCUGGUGCUCAAAACCACGGCUUUCGAAGAAUGGUACGGCGAGCGUAUCCAGCCCUGGUUGCACUACGUACCCGUGCAGCUCGACCUUUCUGACCUGUACGACGUGCUCAGCUUUUUCAGGGGAGACGUGGCGAACGGGGGCGAGGGAGAGCACGACGAGCUCGCGCAGGAGAUCGCGGGUGCUGGGAAGGACUGGGCGGGCAGGUACUGGAGGAGAGAGGAUAUGACGGCGUAUAUCUAUCGACUUUUCCUCGAGUAUGGCAGGCUUAUGUCCGACGACAGAGACAAGAUGAACUUCUACAUGACGCCCUGA